AUGGCGCGCUUGCACCUCGCUGUGCUCGCGCUAUCCAGUGUCGCAGCGAACGUCUUGGCCAAAGCGACAAUCCCCAAGCACGAGAUAUACUGCCCAGUAUUCAUCAAUGCCACGAAUGCGCCCCGGGAUUGCGACCCAAGCCGGACGGUGUCGUUCAUCGACUACCCGCUGCCACUUCUGCAGUCCGCCAAUGGCUCUGAGAUCGAUACCGAGGCCCUGGAACAUGCCUUUGAGGCCCUCACCGUCAUGCAGAGCGAAUUCUUCAUGCCGGCCCAGGGGACCUGGCCGGAAGCCAUCGACUGGACCGUGGCCGUCAUGGAGACCAUGCUGUCAGGCAUGCUGACGACCCUGUCACGGGCCUUCUCGGCCAUUGACUUUCUUCGCAAGGACGACAAGGGGUCGGAGAGGAACCUCAUCGACUCGUAUUUCACGCAACUCGUGGCGUCCUAUUUCGGCCAGGAUGAUGUCGCCAUCCGCCAUCAGGCCUACGACGACAUUCUCUGGGUUGUCCUCGGCUGGGUCGACGCCAUCAAGUUUGUCCACGUACACUCCACCCUGCACUACCCUCCCAGAGACCCCAGCAGCAUCGUCAACGAAGACCUGGGGGACGCUCUGCGGAAGAGCCCGUGGUACGGCCACUUCUGGGUCCCGGCUUUUGCGCACCGGGCGAGGAUCUUCUGGGACUCGGCCGCGCGCGGGUGGGACAACAGCCUCUGUGGCGGGGGCAUGAUAUGGGACCCUCGACUGGCGCCGUACAAGAAUGCCGUGACGAACGAGCUCUGGAUCGCCGCGUCCGUGUCCAUGUAUCUCUGGUUUCCGGGCGACAACAACACGGCGCCGUGGAUCAACGGGCGGUUCCAGCUCGGCGCCACGCGCGAGCCCAAGUAUCUGGCCGCCGCCAUCGAGGGCUACAAGUGGCUGGUCAACGUCAAUAUGCGGAACGAGGACGGCCUCUUCGUCGACGGCUUCCACAUCUCGAGGCCGCAGGGCGACAAGAAGUGUGACGCGCGCAGCGAGAUGGUGUUCACGUACAACCAGGGCAUCCUGCUCACCGGUCAGCGAGGGCUCUGGACCGCCACCGGCAGCCCCUCGUACCUCGAGGACGGUCACAGGCUCAUCCAGUCCGUCGUCAAGGCGUCGGGCUGGGAUCUUCGCCAUGACAAACCCGUCGAUGACCUUCGCAAGCUUCCCUACGGACGCCUGCCUCCCUGGAGAGGUCUCGGCAGAGGUGGCGUGCUCGAAGAUGGAUGCGAUGCCAGCGGCACCUGUUCGCAGGACGGACAGACGUUCAAGGGCAUCUUCUUUCAUCAUUUUGUGACCUUCUGCGAAGCCAUCCAGCCACCGGAGCCGGGACAGGACACGAAAAUUGACUAUGAGGCCCACGAUAGGAUCACAACCGCCCAUAGGACGGCAUGCCGGAGCUAUUCGGGCUGGGUGGCUCACAACGCCCGAGCAGCUCUCUUGGCAAGGGACGACGAGGGACGAUUCGGCGCAUGGUGGGGAGCCGGUCUCUUCAAUAACGUCUCACCGACGGUGGAGACAGAUGGGGUUCCUCACGACGAGCCCAACGCGACAGACUACCGCAACCACGGUAUCCCGCACGAACCUCUCUGGGCCAAGGGCAACCCCGACGAAAUUGGGGCACCGAACGGAGAGGCUCGCAGGACGCCAGGCAAGGGUUCGAGAAUGACGGCCCCCGCGCAGCCAGAUCAGAUGGUGAUGGGGUCAACAGAUAGCUCGCCCCUUGACACGCGACAGGAACUCGGCAAACGACACAAGACGUCAACUACGCGCGACCCGAACGACAGGGGCAGAGGCCGCACAGCCGAGACGCAGAAUGGCGGCAUGGCGUUGAUGCGAGCUUGGUGGGAGCUGGUGGCCUGCGACCACGACCUGCACCCAGAGAGCUGA